AUCCCCUUACCGUUGUGCGCCGCCACCUCUCAAACCCUAAUACCCGGAAAAUUCGUUUCGUUUUCGCCGGUCAUGGCCAUGAUUCAGUGCAAUCCUUCUUCGUUCUGGCCGAUCUUUCCCCUGUCCUCCUCCUCUGCUCGGUCUGCGGAUCGUCCGGCUGCGGAGAUCUCGUGGAUGAUGCUGGAGCGCUUCGUGUUCCGCAGGGACGACGACGGCUCCUUCCCGGACGAAGCGGCCGCGCCCAUGCGGGCGAAGUCCAUCACCUCCCUGGGAGAUCCCUUCACCGUCGCCUUGCUCCCUGCCGCCCCUCCCGCCUUCUCCCGCCUCUACGUGCAGUGGCCGCGCGGUCCACGUGACUACGACGGGGAGGAUACUGGAGCCGGACUCCUGGCGGCCCACCGGGACCUCCUCCUAUUCAGCCUCACCUCCGAGGUGAGUCUCGACGACAGCAACAUCGACUCGGACCCUUACCGGCAGGACUACUUCGUGUUCAAUACCGCUGUAGGGGUUAAAUCGCGGCUCAAACGGCUCCCAGCUUGCACUCUACCCAUUGUGUUAAAACUGUGGGGCGAUGAUGUAACUAUGGAUCGCCAGUUCAACCGUGACACGAUCGGAAUAUAUCGCGCCAGGGAUGACUUCAUGGUGGUGCAGCUGGCCAAGUUUUCUGUUAAAGCAAAGAACAGUGCUAUGGGAGCAGAACUCUGUGUCUUCCGCUCCCCUCUGCGGACUGAUGGUUCUGAUGUUGUUGCUAAGGGCAUGUAGAAUAUUCUGAAUCUGCCGAUCCAACAUACUAAGGAAGAAUUCACCGACCUGACCCGGUGGUCAACCUAUGUUACCAUCAUAUCCAAGGACUGCAUAAUCUGGGUUGAUUACCACCAAGGAGGUAUCCUGUCCUACAAGCCAUGUUAUGGAGUAGAAACAACACGAAGUAGCGUCACAUACAGCCGAUUGCCUAUCAACAAUCGUCCUGAGGAUUCUGUACCAAGUGGAGAGACCCUUGAGAUGUACUGCAGUCUGUGUCACCGGUAAAGAGGGCAACCGCCUGAAGUUUGUUGACAUUGCCCGUGAAGAUGGUGCCUUUUUUGGCCCGCUCGCUCCUGGUUCUAGUUUCACCAUCACCUGCUAUACUCUUGCAUCAUCAGAAGAUAAUGGCUGGCACAAAGAGGCGGUGAUUACGUCUCAAAAAUUUCGGUAUCUUGCUUGCCGUAAUCGUCGUGUCCCCCACAAUGCUGUGCCCAUGUUCCCUCUUGUGAAUAGGGACGAGCCCAAUCUCAUACACUUCAUCGUUUCUGAGCCGAGGGAUAAUGUUGACAAGCUUUCGGUCGUUGUUAUUGAUGUCAUCAACGAGACAAUAGUUUCAGUUUCUCCAUAUAUUCAUGGAGAGGAAGACCUCUGCGGUGAAGAUGCAGACAUGGUCAAGCACAGGUGCCGGAUUCUGCAGUCCUUUCUCCCAGUCAGUUCUCAAACUUGUUCUCGUCUGUUUUCAAAGGCACCGAUCCAUGCAUAAGGAGGUGUAGGAUUGAGCUGGAACGUUGAGAAGAUGAUCUGGAUCUGGAUGAGGACCAUGUGCUGCUUGGAUUGCUCAAGUUAUUAUUUAAUUUUGAGUUUCAAUCUGCCUUGCGUACUUCAGUUUCAGUAUUAUUUGGUAGUUCUGCAGACUUUAUUCCCCAGUUUGUGACUUAUUUUCAGUUGUGUUUUGUAUUAUCCGGUAAGAGACUUAUAAUCAUUCACUGAAUCUCUGUGAUGUUUGUUUCGUCUAUGUAUAAA